CAAGCUCGCACAGGAGUGCCAGACUGGAUGCAGUUAUGUUAAUCAUCUUGGAACCACGUUCCCGUGUCCUCAGAGGAGGUUGUGCCUGUCGGUGGGACUGCUUUGGAAGGUGAAACAGAAGUUGGAAGAGAACCUGGUGACAUGUGCAGAAGGUCAAAGCCAACACCUCUGUCUGCAUCAUGAAUGGAGCUGAAAACGUAGAGGAGCAACAAGCUGGAGGCAUCUCGGCUCAGGACGUCUGGAUUCUUCAAAGCCAGCUCUUCUCAGGUUUCUGACCGAAGGGCCUGGGAGCUCCCUCCACUGGCGCUGUGGGAAGCGUUAGCCAAACCAAUGCACCCUGACAACAAACUGCCCAGCCAUGGCAAGGCAGGCAGCAGCGGUGCCCCGGCCCAGCACCACAACGUGAGCCAAGCACCCACCUGCAACCUGGGCUCUAAGGGUGUCGGGGCAGGCAGCCAUGGCGGCAAGGCCACUCAGAUCUCCCCUGGCAACUCUGGACUGAAAAACAGCCAGAACACUGUCCCAAACUUCAGCUCCUUGAAGGGCAAGGUGAAACGGGAGCGAAGCAUUUCGGUGGACUCUGGAGAACAGCGAGAAGCCAGCACCCCUUCACAGGACGCAGAAUCAAAAGGUGAGGUGGCUCCCCGCAGCAAGCGGCGGUGUGUGCUGGAAAGGAAGCAGCCAUACAGCGGGGACGAAUGGUGCUCUGGACCAGACAGCGAGGAAGACGACAAGCCCAUCAGCAGUGCACACAAUUGUAAUGUAGCAGAUCCUGCGAUGUCCACGGCCUCGCAGCUAGGCCCAGGGUCCAACCCGCUGCCGAACCUGAAUGAGACCGGUUCCUCCAGCGUCCCUCAUGGUGCUGCCCCUGGCUUACGGUCAGAGGCGGCAGGAGGCGGAGGUGGCGGAACAGGAAAGCAGCCCUCGCAGUUCGUUUACGUCUUCACCACGCACCUUGCUAACACAGCUGCAGAAGCUGUCCUGCAGGGCCGAGCUGACUCCAUUCUGGCCUACCAUCAGCAGAACGUACCGCGGGCAAAGCUAGACCAGGCACCAGCUCCUAAAGUGCUGGGGGUGGCUGAGCCGCUUCCGAUUAACCCUCCUGCUGCCAACACUCCACAGUCCCAGCCACCGGCACCACAGGCGAGUCAGCCACAGCCGCAGCCUCCGCCGCCGCAGCCGCCGCCGCAGCCCAUCAGCCAAGCACCUUUGCCGGCGCCCAGCAGCCUGCCCCAGGAAGGGACGAGUGAAGAUGUCCGGAGAGAUCUGACCCCCAACUCUUUGGGGAACAACGGCGGCAGCAACCAGCCCGGGAGUAACCACCCAAACACGCCCACUGCCUCUGCCAACGCCAUGCAGCCCGGGACAGGGGACUCCUCUGCCACGUCCAGCUCUGGCCUCCUUGGGGAGGGCCCGGGUCCGGGGAUGCCGGGGAACGGGCAGGCAGGCCUGGGCCCCAGGAACCCCAUGAACUCGGAAGGGCUCUCAAAGGAGCAGCUGGAGCACCGAGAGCGCUCUCUGCAGACCCUGCGGGACAUUGAGCGGCUGCUGCUACGCAGCGGGGAGGCCGAGCCCUUCAUGAAGUCCAGCCAAAAUGCGGGUGAGGGUGGGACUGCGCCCCAGCCGCAGGCUGCUCCCGCCCCGCCUCCCGCGCCCCCCCCCAGCAUGAAGAAGUAUGAAGAGCCUCUGCAGUCCAUGAUCUCCCAGACCCAGAGCCUGGGUGGGCCCAGUCUGGAGCAUGAGGUACCCCACCACCCCGGCGCUGACAUGGGGCAGCAGAUGAACAUGAUGAUGCAGCGGUUGAACCAGGACAGCCUGACACCGGAGCAAGUGGCCUGGAGGAAGCUGCAGGAAGAGUACUAUGAGGAAAAGCGGCGGAAAGAGGAGCAGAUCAGUAUCCAUGGCCGGCCCAUGCAGGAGAUCAUGAUCCCGCAGUCGAUGGGGAGCAUGAUGAUGCGUGGGCCGCCACCUCCCUAUCACAGCAAGCCUGGAGAGCAGUGGCCGCCAGGGAUGGGCAGCCAGCUGCGGGGACCCAUAGAUGUGCAGGACCCUAUGCAGCUGCGGGGGGGGCCACCCUUCCCAGGGCCACGGUUCCCUGGGAAUCAAAUGCAGAGAGUCUCUGGCUUCGGAGGGAUGCAAAACAUGCCCUUGGAUGCUCUUGGGCCCAUGAAUGCCAUGCAGAGGCCGGUCAGGCCUGGCAUGGGAUGGAGCGAUGAUAUGCCUCCUAUGGGAGGCCCUGGGAACUUUCCGCAAGGCACCUUGCCCUACCCAUCGGGGCAAGGGGACCCCGAAAGGUUCAUGAAUCCCCGUGCCAGGGAGGAGAUCCUGCGGCAUCAGCUGAUGGAGAAACGCCCAGUGGCGAUGCAGAGACCCAUGGGGAUGUCCGGCAACUCCAUGAACCAGGGCAUGGAAAUGGAGAGGAUGAUACAGGCUCACAGGCAGAUGGAUCCAUCCAUGUUUGCUGGGCAGAUGGCAGGGGACAGCCUGAGCAAUGCCCCUAUGGGUAUGGAUUUUGCAGGCACUCGGGGGAUGCUGAGCCCCCCUAUGAGUCAGUCAGGCCUUCGGGACAUGGAUGCACCCAUGGGCCCUGGCAACCUCAACAUGAACAUGAAUGUCAACAUGAACAUGAACAUGAACCUCAACGUGCAGAUGACCCCGCAGCAGCAGAUGAUGAUGUCGCAGAAGAUGAGGGGCCCUGAUAUGAUGGCCCACCAGGGCAUGAGCCCUGAGGAGCUGGCCAGGGCGAGGGCUCAGAAUGGCAACGGCAGCGCAAUGCUGGGGGGACCCCAGAAAAUGAUGAUUCCCUCCCAGUUCCCCAACCAAGGACAGCAAGGCUUCCCGAGCGGGCAGGGGCCCUACCCCAACAUGCCCCAGGAGAUGGGCAGCGGCUCAGACAUGUUCAGCCCUGAGCAGGGCACCAUGCCUGUUGGGAGCAUUAGUGGCACCACCAGGCUCAGCCACAUCCCUCUGCCUCCAGCCUCCAAUCCCACGCCUGCGCAAGGGGGCAACCUGGCCAACAUGCACCCAGCACCUUCCCGGGGCCUGGGCCGCCGGCCCUCGGACCUCACCAUCAACAUCAGCCAGAUGAACUCCCCCAGCAUGGGUCACCUCAAGUCUCCCACGCUCAGCCAGGUGCACUCACCGCUGGUCACCUCCCCCUCUGCCAACCUCAAGUCCCCGCAGACGCCCUCACAGAUGGUCAGUAUGCCACCUUCAAACCAGUCUGGACCCCUCAAGUCCCCCCAGGUGAUGAGCUCCUCGCUUAACGUCCGGUCUCCAACUGGCUCACCCAGCCGCCUGAAGUCCCCUUCUAUGGCUGUUCCUUCCCCGGGCUGGGUGCCCUCUCCCAAAGCCACCAUGCCUAGCCCAGGAGUCAACCAGAGCAAGCAGACUCUCAGCAUGAACUCAUCUACUUCCAUGGGAGGACUGGAUCAGGGUUCUCUCCCUUCUGGGCCUCGGAGCAGCUCUUCCGCACCAGCCAGUAACACCUCCGGCACCAUGAAUCCCAACAUGCCUUUUACUUCCUCUCCAGAUCCAUCCCCCUCCCAGAACCCCCUCUCGCUGAUGAUGUCCCAGAUGUCCAAGUAUGCCAUGCCCAGCUCCACACCGCUUUACCACAAUGCCAUCAAAACCAUCGCCACCUCUGAUGACGAGCUGCUGCCAGACAGGCCUAUGCUCCCGCCUGGAAGCAUGUCAGGCGUGACGGGGAACCAGCCGAAUCAACUGCACUUGAACUCUGUGGGGCCCGGAUCCUCCCAGAGCCCCAUGGGAAUGAACCUGCCUGGUCAGCAACCCCUCUCCCAUGAACCACCCUCCACCUCCAUGAUGUCCUCCCCGAACCCUCUGGGCUCCAACAUUCCUAUGCACCCGAGUGCGCCGGGGGCGGGCGUCCCCCCCCAGAACCCCAUGAUGCUGCCCCCGGGGCCCCAGGACUCGUUGAACCAGCAGUGCGGCCCCGUGCCCAACAGUUCGCAGAUGAUUCCUUCCAACCAGCUCGUGUUCCCCCGCAUGCAGCAGCCCCACAACGCCAUGCCCUCUCCUGCUGGAGGCAUGUCCAUGGCCCCUGGUGGGGCGGGCGGCCCUGGGAUACAGCAGCAUUACCCGCCGGGGAUGCCCUUGCCGCCCGAGGACCUUCCCUCCCAGCAGCCCGGCCAGAUGCCCCCCCAGCAGCACAUGAUGGGGAAGAACAUCCCUCCUCGGAUUGGCGAGCCCUACCCGCCGGUGCUUCCCGGGGUGGCGUCGGUGCUGAACGACCCUGAGCUCAGCGAGGUCAUCCGCCCCACGCCCACGGGCAUCCCUGAGUUUGACCUCUCCAGGAUCAUCCCGUCGGAGAAGCCCAGCAGCACCUUGCAGUAUUUCCCCAAGAGCGACAGCCAAGCGCCCAAAUCGCAGCCUUCCAACCUCCACCUCAUGAACCUGCAGAACAUGAUGGCUGACCAGCCCCCGGUGCGGCCAGGUAUGAAUGCCCCCAGCCUCCCCGGGCAGCAGGGCGUGCAGAGGGGACUCGGUGUGCCCAUGUGCCACCCCGGACAGGUGCCCAUGCUGGGCAGGACAGGCAUCCCCCCCCAGCAAGGCAUGAUGGGCAACAGCAUGCACCAGGGCAUGAUGUCUCCGCAGCAGAGCCUGAUGGCCCAGCAGAAUUUCAUGCUGAUGCAGGCCAAGCAGAGGAGCAUGUCCGUGUCGGGGGAGAUGUACGCUCAGACAGGACACAUGAUGUCACCUCAGGGCUCUCUUAUGGGGCCCCCGCCUCAGCAGAACCUCAUGGUCACACACCAGAUGAGGCAGCGGAGUGUCUCCCUGGACAGCCAGAUGAGUUACAUCCCCGGGCCCGGGAACAUGGCCAACCUGCCGUUCUAGCCUGGCUGGGCUCAGGGGUGGGGAGGGGGCCCAGCUGCCUGGACAAGCGUUUUUAAGCUUUUCUUCGGGGGAGGGUUGGGGGCCAGUGCCAGUGGAGGACACCACGUGGGAUGCUUUUCAUAUCGGAUUUGCCUCUACACAGAAAACCAGAUGUGCAGUAAACUUGAUGUGAAUUGGGUUUCUUUUUCCUUUCUUUUUUGGGGAAGGGGAGGGUGGAGGGGCUGGGAGCGGGGCUGUUACUUUGAACCCUGUGUGGUGACCGGGGACGUACAGACCCUGCGGCAGUUUGUAAAGUUUUCAUUUACGGUUUUCCUCUGUCAAGUGUUUUUCUUUCCCCCUUUUUUUUUUCCUCUCUCUUUUUUCAUUUUUCUUCUCUCUCUUUUUUUUUUUUCUUCUCCUUUUUAAGCAACCAAAACGUGCAAGAGGGUUUUUGGAACUAGCUGUAAAUAGGUCGCUGGGAAAGGCAAAACUUGUGCUGGUUUUAAAUUGUUCUGUAUUUCUGUGUUUUAAUAGAAGCCUCAAAACAUGUUUUAAAAAAAGCAGAAACAAAAAACAUGCUAAAGGCAACAGUGUACAAGGAUUGAAAACUCUCUCUGGGGGAGGCAGGAGGAUCCCCCAGGGUGCACAGGGCAUUGAGAGAUCCCAUUGUAGAGUGACUCUGUGUCAAACCUGUGUUGUUCACGCGUCAGAACGGUUUGCAUGUGCGGGGUGUAUAGUUUCACGCAGACCUUAGGCCCCUGUGGAGGCUGUGCUGAGUACACGAACGCAACCGAGGACCGUCGGGGAGGUCAGAGCUGUGGCCCCAGUGAAACGCUGCCAGGGCAGCGAUCACCCGGCGGGAUGGAUGCCGCAGCUUCCCGAGACACAAGCUGCUGUGGCUGGGACGGGGAGGACGCCGGCCCCUCGGCUGGAGAAGUAGUGAGGAUCCAGGCUUUGCAGGUGAUAACAUGCUGGACCCAAAGGUCUCAACCAGUCGUGUCUCCUCUAGUUCCUUCUCUUCCCUUCGUGCUGUGUCCCCCGGGCAGGGUGCGUAGGGACGGAUAGGCUCCGAGGUGAGCAAAGCGAUGCAUUCCCGUGCUUCCAGGAGAGGCUAGCUGGGAACCCUGCUCUUGCAGCCUUUCUGCACCAGUCCUUUACCCACUUUUCGCCCUCAGUGAUGGCACCGUGCUCCCUCUACCUCUGUUGUUGAAUGCUCUUCCGAGUCUUCCUCACGCUUGUCGAUCCUCCUUCUCUGGAGUUUCUCAGGCAGUCUUCUCUCCGUCUCGCCCCGAGCGACCAGCAGCAGCCCUGCCCUUCUGCACGACAGAGGUCCAGCCAUUGAAGACAGCCUAUCCCUGCAGGUGAUACUCCAUCUCGGUAUAAGAGUUAACUUGCAGCUUCGGACAGAAGAGGCCAAGGUUGCGUUGCACCACUGGUUCCUAGGCUGGCGGAAGCGUGCCGUCCAAACGAGUCUGGCUUCUCUGGAUGUGCUCUGCCCUCCCCAUCCUCCGCUCUGUAAGGUCUUCCUGCAUGUGGCACUGAUGGUCUUUCCUGUGCUUGUACACAGAGGGGGCUGCAGGGUGACGCGUGUGCACUUCUGUGCACACCGCGGUGGCUCUGGACCUCCCCGGGGACUGCGUUCCAGCAUGGUGUACCCUAUGGGUAUCCAGCGGUGAGCUCGGGGCAUGCGAUCACCUGAGGAUCACCAGUUGGAGGAUUAUCUCUGCAGAGCCGGGCUCAGAUACUACCUCUCUUGUGACAGGGCUCGCCUUUCCCUACUCACUGCUGCAGGGAGGAGAGGGCUUUCGGAAAAAUUGAGAAGUAGUGAAUGGCAACACUUUCUAUCACGUUGGAAGCUGUUCGGAAAGGCUGGUGGGUGCUGAAAUGUCAGCCCACGGGUGUCUUGAUCCCAUCUGCGAGGAGAUGGAACCACAAAGUCCGGUUAGGGAAUACCUUGAAGCCUUGGGGCGUUUUGUGGCAAGCAGUACAGGGUGGAAGCACGGGUCUGGGUUUGAGGAAAGAUUUUGCUCUGGUCUCCUGCUUUGUGUGGGUUUUUUUGUUUAUGAUGUGAGCGAGAUGCAUUUUCAGAGAUGGCAAAACAGGAACAGUCCUGAGAAGUGCUUAUCCCUGCCCUGGCAGUUGGAGCAGAGGAGUAAUCUUCAGGCCAGGCUAACAAAGUGUGCUUUGGAGCUGACGUGUUAGCCGGUUGGAUUCUCCAUCCUUUCAGAGUGUGCGUCUCACGUGGGAGGAUGUCACUCAAACAGAUGUAGCUCUUUCUAAGCUUGACUUGCCUGAAAGGCUGUGGCUUCUCUUGGCUGCACUUCGGGGUGUUGGCUGCUGGUAGUUUCUCAUAAACAUCCAAACACCAAUGCCAGCCCCCGACCUUGCUCACCACCCACCAGCCUAGUCUCGGUUAAUUUGAAGCCAUAAUAUUUUCUAUAUGGGAGGGGUUUUUUGUUUGUCUGUAGACAGCUGUUGUUGUAGCCCGGUUGAGAUCUCCACGUGUCCGUACCUUCCCCGUUGUCCCUUUCGCCCAGCCCGACUGCGAGAAGUGUCCUGGGGCUUGCGGUCCCCGCUCUGUGGGCAGUGCAUUGUCCCCGUGUCAGCCGGAGCCACAGGCUCUGCAGUGCCCAGGAGGUCAGCACCACCCGCUCGCAGGGACAGGGCACCUGGCGGCAGGAGGGAGACCUGUCCUUUGGUGACAAAUGCGUAAGAAGCAAAGCCUUUUGACUCGGCAGCCCUGGAUACAAAAGGGAAAUCCUGACGCCAGGUCAGAGCUGGGGACCUCGGAGCAGCAGUCUGCACUCUUCUGCAAAAAUCCCACCACCCCGGAGCCAGCCCUGCCGCUGCGAUGGCCAAACAUCGGGGAGAAGAAGCGUUGCCGAACACCCCUCGGGCGCCGCUCCCAGCCGCGCCUGCGAACAGCAAUAUGGCAGGAGCUUCUCUGGAAGCUCAGUCACAGCCAGUCCUUGUUAGACCUGGGCAGGGUUUGCCACCGGCCCAGUGCCCACUGCCGUGAGCUGUGUCUAGUCUCGUGUCUUGUAGUUUAUUGCUCGGCUUCUCAGCUUGAGUUCUGUGUACUGACUCCACCUAAUCACAGUAAAAGGUUUGCCCAUGUUUUAGCCAUGACUUCGCCGUGUUUUUCCAGCUCCAAAAAAAAGCGAACGCUGGGAAACCACAUCUUUCAGUCCGUCAGAUAAUCACACACCCGGAAUUAGCUUUCACGUUGAGGUAAUGGUGACUGACCUGUUCUCUGUCAUCCCAUGGAGAAACUUCCCCAGUCAUUUUGUACCAUUAUAUAAAUAUAUAUAUAAAUAUAAAUAUAUAAAUACAAUAUGUGAAGACAUCUUAUUGGUUUUUAUUUGAAACGAUUUUUAGGCUUGUUUUUGGGUAUCUGUGCUGCCUGUAAUGUAUUGACCUGUUUUAUAGGUGCCUUUUUAUUAAAAAGACAAAUUUCAAAACCUGA